CUGUUCCACAAUGAAGUUCCUGGAAAUAUCCACUUCCCUAAUUUCGCUCCUCCCGGUCCUAGCGACAGCAGCCCCCGUCUCUGACCAUCUCGAAGGCACCGGCCUCGAGAAGCGACGAUCGGCCCAAACAUGCAAGAUCAUCAACGUCGACCACACCGUCAACUGCCGCUACGAGCCGUAUCUUGAUGCCGGGGAGAUAUUUGGCUUUCCCAAGGGCGAGAAGCGCACGUUUGGUUGCUACAAGAAGGGGGAUUGCUAUAGUGGUGUCUGUACAUGGGAUCAAAUCACGUAUCUUGGAACGACUUGCUAUGUGAAUGGGUACUUUACUGAUAGUAAUUGCUCGAGCAAAAAGCUUCCCGAGUGUUAGAUCUCCAUUAUAUAUAUUAUAUCUACAUAUAUAAGUACACCAAUAAAGGCGUUCAGUUUGGUUCUUGGAUGUAUACCAAGUUUCAGCAGUUUAAAAUAGCAAGUCC